UUACGUGAAUGGCAGCAGUAGUCGUCUGUCCUGUUGUUGUGGCGGUGAGGCUGCGAGUACCUCCGCCUGUUUUUAUACCCAAUAUCUCAUCACCGCAAUGGCUGAGGAGAUUGAUGCCUCGCAGGAAGAUGGAGAUGACUACUACACAUUCCUUAAUAUCGCCAGAAACGCAACAGAUGAUGAGAUCAACAAUGCAUACCGCCGCCUGAGUCGCCUAUACCACCCUGACAAGCACAUAGACCCAGAGCGCAAGGUAGAGGCCGAACUUCUCUUCAGCAAGACAAAGCGUGCCUAUGAAGUGCUGAGUGAUGGACAUAUGCGGGCAAUUUAUGACAAUCUGGGAACAGCUGGGCUGGAGACGCAAGGGUGGGAAGUUGUUCAGCGGACCAAAACACCUCACGAAAUUAGGGAAGAGUAUGAAAGGCUGGCACGGGACCAAGAGGAGAGACGGCUGCAGCAACGCACCAACCCCAAGAGUACAGUCACCAUGACUGUCAAUGCCACUGACCUCUUCUCCCUGUAUGAUGAGGAGUCCCCUUUCUUGGACCUCAGAGAUCUGUUUGGGUUACCACACAUUGAGAUUAGUGGCAUGAGUCUGAGUCAGAGCAUUGAAGCACCCUUGACCACCAAAGACACAGCCAUUCUUUCAGGAAAUCUCGCAUCUCACAAUGGUAAUGGCAAUGGAGGCAUCAACUGCUCUGUCCGAAGAAUUACGUCAGACAGGGGAUGGGGAGAGCUGGAAGUUGGGGCAGGGAAUGGGCUCACCAUAGCCACUAAGGGUUUUAGGAAUUUCUCACAAGGCAUGUUUGGAAAUGGUUCCAUACACACGCACUUCACCCCAAAUGGCCUUCGUAUUGGUUCAGUCAUAACUAUGGCCAACCAGCUGGACAAACAGACAGUUGGCUACUUGACAUGGAAGGCUGGAAUGCAGAGUGGUAUGAACACAAUGAUCAUCCGUGACACCCCUUCCUAUCACCUGGUCUUCUCAGCCUAUAUUGGCAUCCCACACACCUAUGCUGCCCUGUCCUAUACCCAUAAGAUGCCAGACCAUGACACCAAGGUCAAACUGACUGGAAAAGCGGGCACUUUUGGAGCAAUUCUGGAGUAUGGCGCAGAGAAGAAGAUCUCCCAGAAUAGCUCCAUUGCAGCAUCAAUAGCACUUGGCGUCCCCACUGGUGUUCACCUUAAAAUUAAGUUACAUCGAGCCUCACAAACAUACAGCACCAUCUUCUUGCUGUGUGAAGAGAUUCUCCCAGCCCCUGUAAUCUAUGGAACCUUAGUUCCUCUUGUGUCUUGGAUGGCCCUCCAGAAGCUUAUUAUUCAGCCGUACCUCCGACAACAGAAGCAAGCAGAGCUACUUAAGCAGAGGGAAGCUAACAGAACAAGGUUAUUAGAGAAGAGACGUGAAGCACUUGCAGCUGUGGAGCUCAUGAGGGAGACAGUCAGGAGAAUUGUGGAUCAGGAGGAAGCUCGAAAGGGCCUUGUUAUCUUGCAAGCGUCCUAUGGUCAACUGGUGGUGGAGGGGAAAGAUGAUCUUGCUCCCCCCCCUGAAGUUGUGGAUGUAACCAUUCCUCUUCAGUGUCUGGUCAAGGAUUCUAAACUCAUUUUACAAGAAUCAUCUAAAUGCUCACUGCCGGGCUUCUACGACCCUUGCCCAGGCGAGGACAAAAACUUGCGGGUGCGUUACCUCUUCCAUGCUGUUACUCAUGAGGUCACAAUUGCAGACACUGAGUCACUACGAAUACCCAAGCAAUCACAUCGCCUGGAGACAUAAUGAUGAUCAUUGGCAUCUGUACAUAGAAGAAAUUGUUGUCCUGUUUUAUUGUACAUAAUAUUUACUUUGUACAAAUUUGUAAACAUAAAUUUUAUUGACAAGACUUGUCCAGGCUGGUAAUCUGGAUGUAAUGCUGGGCAGCUUCAAGCACAAAUGUCAUUGUGAACAUCAGUAAUGGUUGUACCUUGUGAGAAGUUGGUCCAUUUCACUCAAGAACACUAUUGGGCCAUUCCUGUAAUACAUAUUAUGAAGAAUACAAACAUGCACAUCAUUCCAUAGUAAAAUCUUAGGGAAGAAAGGAUAUACUACAUAAGUUUUUUAUUAUUAUUAUUUCUGAAAGCUUAUAAAUUCAAUGACCAGAAUAAGCAAUUACUCUUGGAGCUUGAUAGUGCUAUGAUGACAGCAUAUAUACACAUACACAAAACAUUUUAUAUAGGCAAGUUAGCGGCAAUGAAUGCUGUAACUGAUGCUGUGUAUGAAGGGAAUGGACACCAAGAUGAAUUGGUGUGCUUGAUAGUGAAGUAGGUGUUGCAUGAUCAAGAUUAUUGCUUAGUAACAAAAACAAGAAAUAAUAUCAAUUCCCAACAUCACUCAUUUUUGUGCAAUGUAGAAUGCCUGCUUCAGAUCUGGUAUCAGGAUGAUUAAAUCACCAUGCAACUGUUGUUCAAUAUUAAAGAUCACCAGCUGUAAAAAAAAUGCUUGUUUGUAAGGUGCAUCAGGCCAUGCUUCAGACUAGUCAUUGAAGUAGUCUCUGAGUAAUAUUGUCCAGCUGUGCAGUCUCAUGUUGCUGCAAAAAUUAUUAGAAAAAGAAUCAAAAACUACUGCUUUGACUGACCUCAAGACUGGCCUCCUAUAUUUUUUGACACACCAACUUUAAGGUUUGUAGUCUGUUAUUAAAUGCCGUGUGAUAUAUUUUGAUACCAGAGAUCUUUGCAAGGUUUAUUUUAUUUGUCUUUCUCCUUUUCCACCACAAAUACUAUGUGAUGGCAUUUGAAAGAGGUUAUUUGAGAGGAAAAAGUCUUGAAAAGAGAUUGGAUAUGGGUGAACUCUGGUUUUCAGCAGGAUAGUCAUAUGUGUUGCUGAUAGUUGCUCCUUGCCUAGCUGCAUCUACUUCAUUUUCAGGCACUGCAUAAUGAACUUGAGGACUUAACAGUUUAAUGGGCCAAUGAUAAUGAAUAAUGAAAAUAAAAAGAUUUUUCCAGCUUCAAUAGUGCUGGUAGGUGAAUGGAAUAAAGAAUUGUGAAAGAUAUUAAA